AUGCAACAACUUCUCAGACCAUUUCAGCUGACAAGAGGAUUUACUAGUGCUGUAAAGAACUUCAGGCAAUGGAGAUUAAUUGAAACAAGAAACGUUGCAAAACAGCCGGACUACCAAGUUGGUGAUGUCAAGCCUCUGCACAUGCCAAAAGAGAGAAAGAAGUUUCCAGACUAUAAAUACGGUGAAUCCAAUAUCUUUAAACAAAGUAAUAAAGGUUUAUAUGGUGGAUCUUUUAUUCAAUAUGGUAACAAUAUUUCCGAAAGUAAAGCCAAAACAAGAAAGAAAUGGUUACCCAAUAUUGUGAAAAAGGGUUUAUGGAGUGAAACUUUGAAUAGAAAGAUUAGUAUCAAGAUGACUGCCAAAGUGCUAAAAACCAUCAGCAAAGAAGGUGGGAUUGAUAAUUAUUUGACAAAGGAGAAGGCCGCAAGAAUUAAAGAACUAGGACCCACAGGAUGGAAGUUGCGUUAUAGAGUCUUGAAAAGAAAAGACGCUAUAGAGAACUAUCCACAUAAGGAUGCCCCUAUUUUAGAAACGGCCGAUGGCAAAAAUGUCAAAGUAUAUUAUGAUGAAGUAAUUAACGGCACGCCAAGAAAGAUAUCAGUUGGAAGAAGGAAACUGUUGGCCUUUUUAUAUCCCUUGGAAAAAUUGGAACACAAGUCUAUCGGGAAAGAUCUAGACCACAAAAGAUUUGUGGAGCUGUUUGCUAACGUUCCAGUUAAGGAUAUCGUAUCGAAAUUGGAAGAGCAUGACUUUGAUUUGUCCACAAUUUCCGUAUAG